GCGACCCGGAAGCAGCCCGCGCAGAAAAACGGUUGUUGCCGCUUUGGCCGAGGUCCGGGCCUGAACUUGGAAAAUGCUGCUGACGCCCCAGGAAAGGUCCUCCUCAAAGAAGAGGAUGGGGCUGAAUCGCUGGAAACAACUCACAAAGAAGCCGAAUCCCAAGCUUGCUUUUGACCCUGACAAUGUAGAACCCUGGAUUAAGAGAGUGGAAAAAGCCUCAGAACUUACAGUUUUGAACAGAUUUCCUGCCAGAAAUUCAGAUUUACCUGGAAGACUUUGGAGCCAAAUCAGAGAUUUGGAAACAUCUGAACAAAUAGAAGAUCAUGAUGAAGUCUAUGCAGAAGCUCAGGAGUUGGUCAAUGACUGGUUAGACACCAAAUUUAAGCAAGAAUUAGCAAGUGAUGGAGAAGGCAAUGCUGAAAACACUGUGUCAAGUAUCACUCUUAUGCCAGAAGCCGAUGGCCAUUUGAAAUAUGAUAAGUUUGAUGAUUUAUGUGGCUAUUUGGAGGAAGAAGAGGAAAGUACCACAGUUCAAAAAUUUAUAGACCAUCUGCUCCAUAAAGAUGUGGUGGAUUCUGGGAUGUUGGAAGAUCUUGGAAGGAAGGAAAACCAAGACAAGAAGCAGCAGAAGGAUCCUCAUCUUACCAUGGAGAUGAGACAUAAGCAGGUAAAAGAAAAUCGCUUAAGACGUGAAAAAGAACGGGAGUGCCAAAGAAUUGAGAAGGCCCUGAAAAAAUCGGCCUUCUUGGAGGCUCAGUGUCUGGUGCAAGAGGAGAAGAAAAGGAAGGCUCUGGAGGCCAAGAAAGAAGAAGAGGAGAUUCAAAGGGAGAUGGUAAAGCUGCGGAGGGAGAUAAUUGAAAGGAGGCGCACUGUGGAAGAAGCAUGGAAAAUAGAGAAGAAAAGGCAAGAAGAAAAUUCUCAAAAGAUUCUAGAAAAAGGCAUGUUUCAAAGUGCUCACAUUCUUCUGGAUGAAGAAAAAAUGGCAAAAGAAAAAAAAAGGAAACUGAAAGAGUUAUUAAUCCAAACUUUCAAGGAAAAUCAACAGUGUCAAAAGCGGUAUUUCUCUGCCUGGCACAAGCUGAUUCUCGAUCAUAGGAUGAAGCUGGGGAAAGCUGGGACCCUGUCCGACUGGAAGAUUCAACUGAAGGUCCUGCGGGCCUGGAGAGACUACACAAGAUCCCAGAAGUUGCAGCGGGAGACUCAAGCCUUGGAACAGGAUCUUAGAGAAGAAAACAGAAAACAACAAUUGGCCACUGAGUAUAACCGGAAACAAGUUCUCCGACACUGCUUUACAGAAUGGCAGCAUUGGCAUGGUGCAGAGCUCCUGAAGAGAGAGCUGGCUCAAACAAAGGAGGAAACUAGGAAGAAAAUGGAUGAGCUGCUGAAGGCAGUGUCACUAGGGAAACUCAGUGCAAAUGGGUCAUCAGGUAUCAGUCUACCUGAGGAGGCAAGAGCCAUGGUGGGUCCACUGGUAAGAAAUGGAGAGGUGACUGCUGUGCCCUCUUUGUGGGAAAAGCCUACCUUGGAGAGCAAUGGUUGUAUGUUCAGCCCUCCCCUAAGAACAACAACAAAGGGCAACUCGCAGGGUCCCCUUCAGAAUGUCCCUCUGAACACACCGGACAAUAAGCAGCACAAGAUCCUGGAUGUGGAGCCCUCCCAACAGCCUGGCAGCAGUGAGAAGCUCAGAACCACAUGCCAGAAAGCAGAACCCAUCUGCAUGGGUCAUUUCCACAACUGCCUUGUCUUCCAGCAACAGCUGAUUGAAAAGCAAAAGAAGAAACUUCAGGAACAGCAGAAAACAAUUCUUGAGCUGAAGGAAAACCAGCGGCUGACAGAGGCUCAGUGGGCAGCAGAGCAUGCCACAGCAGUUGCAGACAAACACAGGCACCUGCUGUCAGAUCCCAGAGGAGAAGAGGAACCAAAAGGAACCUGCCAGAUGCUUCCAAAUUCGCUUGUUGCUUCCCCUGGGACUGAAGGCAGUAGAAGUGACUCCCGCAAUUCUCUUUCUGGACCCAGAAGGAGCCCAAAGCAGCUGAUGGCAACGCAUCCCAUACUGAAAGCUAUGGAAGAGAGAGCAAUUCAACGAGCUGAACGUAGGCGAAUCUUGGCAGAAAGGAAGAAAAAACAAGAAGAAGAGAAAUUGGCCCAGUUGAAGGCCCAAGAGGAGGAGCGUCAGAAAAGGGAGGCAGAAGAAAAGAAGGCAGAACUUGAGAGAAAACGAGAAGAGGAGAGACUGAGGAAAAUGAAAGAACUAGAGAAGCAGAAGAGAAUUAAGAGGAACCAGCAGCUGGAAACAGUAGCCAAAGAACACUAUAAAAAGGUCUUGCUAAGAAAAAAAGGUCUAGGGCCUUGGAAGAGAUUGAGAAUGCAAAGCAAGCAAAACAUGCAGGUGGCAGAAGAACAUCACUCUUUGGCCUUACAGAGGAAAUGCCUGCUGACCUGGUUCCAGUAUAGUCAGGCAAGUCUGGCUAGGAAGAUGGCCCAGGCUGAUCAAUUUUAUUCCCAAAUAUUGCUUAGGAGAGUCACCCAGAGCUGGCUACAGCACCUGACUCAUCUGGAGGAAGAAGUAAGAAAACUUUGUGUACAUUUCCUUCAGAAGAAGAUUUUCAGGGCCUGGUUUAACAUGGCAAGGGAGGUAAAGAUCGAUUAUCAGAGCAAGUGCAAGACUGCAGCAGAGCACAGCGACAGGAGGAUUCUCUGGAUCACAUUUCAGACGUGGAAAAAGUUUGGAAAACUCAUGAAAGAGGAAAGAGUAAAAGAAGAACGGCGAGAGCAGCUCCGUAGGAAGGUAGCUGAGAUUCUUCCAGACUUCCAAGUGCGGGCACCCAGAAGUGACUAUUAAGUUACAUAUAAGCAAUCAGAUGAUCGGCCCCUGAGUAAGAUAAGUCUUUGGUGUGCCAGUGAAGGCAGACUAGUGUUUUCUCCACCCACCCACAUACCUACAUAUACCUGGUUUAUUUUCUAUGAGAGAGUUCUUCUAUCAAAAGAAUUAUUCUGGGAAUUUUUAUUUCCUUCUUUGAUUUUUUUCCUGGAUUGCUGGUCAUUCACUACAGCAUUUAUCACAGUGGGAUCAUCCAAAGGAACAGUAUAGAGCUCCACUGUUCAACUGUAUCCUAUAUAUUUUUAGCAUAGUAAUCUUUAAAAAGGACAAGUGUUUGCCUGCCUGAGCCUGUGAAGAAAAAUGUGUCCUCAUAGCUUAACAUGAGUUGUUGAUAAAUGUAACUUUAAUUCAAUAAAAAUAAAAAGUAGUGAAUACUUACAAAAGGAAGCAUGAGUGGUCAGUCUUCUGGUGCCCAAGCCGCAGUGACAGGCAUCUACCAGACCCUGUCCUUUUUGACCAAAAGGUAUUCCACACAGAGGGCAGUAGCUUAUCCUGGUUUCAGAGAAACUGGGGCACCAAAGAUACUUCUCUUCAGUGCACCUUGAUAAGCAUGAAGGGAACUCCAAACUCUAUCAAAGACAGCCCAGCAAGUCAUUAAAACAUCUGUUCACACUCCCAAUUGCAACUGCCAGAUAAUACACUCAAUUGGUCUUCUAGUCCUCUGCUCAGUUUGAUCUGGAUAUUGAGAUACCUAUCUUGAAUUCAAAGAAUCUUUUAAUCUUUAAGGUGCUAUAAAGACUGAUAAAAUGCUCUCUUCUGAGAAUUGUCUUAGAGAAUUACCUGCUAGAAAAAAAUUUUCAUUACAAAAUACAUGUUUAUUAUAACAAAUUCAAGUAGUCCAUAAAUGCACACAGUAAAAUGAGAAUGUCCUUUGUAGCCCUGAGGUAACUACUAUCAUUUGGUAUGUUGAAAAUUUGAGUUGGCAAAAUAAAAUUCUGUGGUAUUUUUCAAAUGAA